AUGGGGACUUAUUGGGGGAUCAUAGCAUAUAUAAGAGCUAUUGGAGGGAUUUUUAGUGGUGCUUUGCUUGGACGACUUCAAGACCCUUUUUCAAUCUCGUACUCUAUCUUCAUUCCCUCAAUUUCGAUUUCUUUCCCUCGAUCUCUAUCUCCCCCACUCUCUCUCGGAUUUGAAGUCAUCGACGGAUUCUCGCCGGAGCUCCUGCUUUCACAGUCAAUCGUGGAAGAUCUUAGACCAGAUUCAUCUAUGCCAAUGGAGAAUGAAGAAGAGAAUCUUCAGGGUGGUGGUAUUGUGGGGCAAUCAUCAACAGGGACAUCAAGUCUAAAAAAGAUGAGAAUGGUGAAGAAAGAGCAUAUUGUUUGA